UUCACCCCUUUUCUACACUCAGCCGGCAAUGACAGCUGUCGCCUACACGGACUUCGUAGCCGCUCAGUGUCUGGUGUCCAUCUCCAACCGCACUACGACCACUCGGCACCUGGAGGCGGCGGAGGACAAGGCUCCCGCACCUGCCGAGCACCUGAGGAAGAUGAGCGAGCCCGAAACGGGGCUGCACCUGCUGGGGACAAUGGCCGAGCAGGGGGUGACGGCUAAGGAGCACCACGAGGGGCCGGCGGAAGCCUGGAAGGACUACUGCACCUUACUGACUAUAGCUAAGAGCCUGCUGGAGUUGAACAAGUACCGGCCCCUGCCCUCGCCGGUCUACAGCGACGAGGAGCUCAGCUCGGACAGUGAUGUGACCACGGAGUCCGGCCACAGCUGCAGCACUACUCCCAGCCAUACGGACUACAGCCCCGGAGCGGGCAACACGCAGCCACGCCCACCCAGCCCGGACACGCCCAGCUCCCCGCCACGCCCCGCCGGCUCCGCUAGUGAAAAGAGGCACAGGUGUCCCUAUGCCGGCUGUGGCAAAGUCUAUGGCAAAUCAUCCCACCUCAAAGCCCAUUACAGAGUCCACACAGGUGAACGUCCUUUUCCGUGCACAUGGCCAGACUGCCUUAAAAAGUUCUCUCGAUCUGACGAGUUGACCCGCCAUUACCGGACCCACACAGGCGAGAAGCAGUUUCGAUGUCCCCUGUGCGAGAAGAGGUUCAUGAGAAGUGACCACUUGACCAAGCAUGCCCGUCGCCACACAGAUUUCCAUCCCAGCAUGAUCAAAAGGUCCAAGAGGUCCAGCUCAGCCUUUAUCUGAAUACUGCAUCUUUGAGUCAACAAAGCUGUCACACAAAAAGUUCAGCUGCUGUACAUAUCACUUUCUUGCAUCUUUUCAAAAGAAAUGUAGCAGUUUUAAAAUCCAUGCUUCUGCAGCAGUAUAUUUAAAGGAAAAUGCUGCCCGGUUUCUUUUUGGUGGCACACGACUCUCGGUAUUUUUUUGUAGUGGUGUAAUCUGUACCAUCACGGUUUUGACUGUAAGAUCUUUUGUGCUUGCGCUGGCAUGAAUAUGUGUUUAUGAAAUAGAAACCACAAUGGAUCAGCUUUACAUUUGUGAAAGAAGUACGAGGACACGUGCCCAUGAAAUAUAAGGGAAUACUUUUGUUUCUUCUCUGAUUAAACCGUAUGGUAUUUGGAGAGUAUACAUCUUAUGAAGCGAGCAGGUAUAGAGUAUACUUGAACCUGGUUUCUUGUGGAAUAUUGUCUUACGAUGUCUUGAAAUAUGUGUUUUAUUGUUGAUGGAAUACUAGUCUCCCUCUAUUAUGGACCUCAUCAGUCACCUAUUUUGACUUGGCUCAUAAGGUGCACUUUGUAUGACCAGCACCAUCCCUUAUUCUUUGGAGCAUGGUGAACAGCAAUGGAACUAAAGUACACUAAGGGAUGGAAAGCUAAGAGGAUGAAAGCCUUGUUGGCUCGCCUGUCUGAUCAUAGGUUGAGGAAAAAGAGCUGUUAAUGGGAGAUACAAUGCUCAGUAAUCAUAUAUAGUUUGCAGUAUCUUAAGAUAAAUGUCCAUGGAAAUAUUUACACCUUGCCCAACUUUUGGGCAGACUGUCUCUAUGUCUGCUUUGACUGCACCUGUUGAAGAAUGACACACAGCUCCACAGAAGACUCUGAACGAACUUAUAUGCCUUUACCCUGCAAGUUUAGAAUAAUGUCAGAGGGUCAUUUUAUUACAACUGUAGGUUGCUAUGCACAUUUUAUAUUUCACAUAGCAAUGACGAACAGUUUCUGCAAAACCAGAAUGUUUGAUUCAGCUUUUGACAGAGGCGUGAUGCUAUCUUUUCCGUGCUUUAAGAGCUUAAGCACUGGAACACUGGGCAGUGCAAACUUGCAAGGAGUCUAUAGAUCAAUGCCAGGCAAAUGGUCUGUCACUGCAUCCACUACAGUAUCGCACUUUCUGAUUGUGUGACAGCACUCUGCAUGUACAGACUGACAGAAAGUGUCAUUCUUUUAAAUGCCUCACCAUUGUGUCAUUUAAGUUCUUGAUCUAAUUAUUCAAUUCACGUUUACAUAACUUUAUUUGGUAGACAGAAGCGCCAAAUGAAACAAAGACUUUUUUGCACCUUAUGUUUCCUAUUUCACAUGACGCCUAUAGACUUGUUCCAUACCUGGGAGGCUGCUUAUUGGUGUUGUAGGCCUCUCCAGCAGUGAGGGGGGAUAACUAUGCAGAAUCUGGCCAGAAAGGCGGUUUACAAAUUUAUGUGUCUGUACUUACAAAGUUAGGUUCAUUCCAUGACAUAAGCACUCCAAUCAUUCUUUUUUUAAAUAGUAGAAAGGACUGUUGUGAGUAACUCCACGCUAUUAGCUAUUUGCUUUAUAGCUAUCCUACUAAUUAAAUUAUAGGUAUGCCGUGUCACAGGGCAUUACUAACAAGGCCAGUCAGGUUUUGUACAUGAUGUUUCUGAUUCACUUAGCCUUUAAAAACAAUGACAUAUAUGCAAGGGGAUGAAGUAGUUCUGACCCCCUUCAUAAAAUAUUAUAAUUACCCUUGGGACAAUUUUAUAAUCAUGCAAGUGCCAAGGGUCUCCCUUUUUAUAACAUUUUGUACAAUUUUCACAUGGCUUAAUGCCUCUUUCAUUUGGUGUUUUUCAGAAUUUUUUUUCCAGCUGGAACAUUCAUUAGAAGUGCAUCUAAUGGAGUCUAAUGCACAAACAUAUAAAUGCAUGUUACUGGGAAAAUUGGUUACAGUUCAGAUUUAAAGGAUCAGUAAACCUACAGUAGAAGAUGAUUCAUAUAUAUGAGUUCUGAAUAAUAGCCACAGUCUGAAAAGGUUUCAGGAGUUAUCUCACAAUAUGGCUUAUUCAGCAGGGCAGUACAAAGAGCAGUAACCCAUUUCAGCUAAUCAGUUUUCUGAAGUCCUAUCGCUGAGUGCUGGGAACAUUUUUGUAUAUCAUAUUGC